AUGCCUGGUAGCACCAAACCAACCAGUUCUGCUUCUCCUACAAAGAGAAUGCCAUCAUCGAGCUCUGCAUCCAAACCUCCUUCCGCAAAGGGAGAGAAAAUGACAGCUAAACAAAGAAAAUUAUUAGAGCAAAAAAAGAAGGAAGAAGAAGAAAGAGCAAAGAAAGAGGAAGAGGAGAAGCGAAGAAAGGAAGAGGAGGAAGAACGAAAAAGACAAGAGGAGGAAGAGCGAAAGUUAAUGGAGGAAAGAAGAAGAAGAGCAGAGGAAGAGCGUAAAAGAUUGAACGAGGAGAAGGGAGCAUUCGAUUCCGAGGUGUUGCCAUUUCACCAGGAUAAGUUAAAAUCUCUUCUUUCCGUUGCCAAGGAAGAGGAUGAAUGGAAGAAAUUUGUCGAGUGUGAUAAUCUUCCUAAACUUCAUGAUGACGUAGAUAUGAACAAUUUUGUGUCGUCAUGGAGGGAUAUUAAUGAAAUGUCACGCAGCAAAGAGCUAAGAAAUCUAACUGAAGAUUUUGGUCUAAUUAAGGACGGAGAAAAAGUAUACCGUGAAUUGGAAUAUCUUUUUGUGGAGUCCUUAGCUCGGUCAAACAAGAGUCUUCAGAACCAUUGCCAAAAAUAUUUAACUGAAAUCUCUGAAUGUAUCUUGGCAACUUUAGAUGACGCUACUGCACACAUUAUGCAAUAUUUUGAUAAAUUUUUAAGCUCAGAUCAUGACCAAUUUCAAAAAGUAGAGAGAGGAAUACAAUAUGGCAUCUGGACGAAUAUUUCAAAGAAUUUAAUCCGUUAUGUAGAUUUUGACAAGAUGAGAGUUAACGUGGAGCUGGCUAUUAAGGGAAUGGGAUAUCAAGAGAUUGCUCUCAGAGUAGUGCAUUUGUCUGAAGAUAUUUUUUCAUCCACAUCGCCGAAUAUUCAAGAAGUGACUGUGUUAGGGGGAAUAUAUCUGAUUGAUUUCUUGCAUAUUCCUCCACUUGUUCAUACGUGUGAGGAUUGGAAAAUUCGGCAAAUCACAGAACUUUCACAUCAUAUCAAACGAAAGCCGUAUAAUGUCACGAACAAUGAGAAUCAAGAGGUCGAAGGUCCCCCACCUGCUAAAGUCACAAUACCAGCACCUCACGGUUGUUUAAUCAGAUCCGAAAAACCUCAAGUUGCAUGGUGGAAUGAGAAAGAGAAAAUAUGGUCUCGAGAUGGCAUCACAAAUUCCACAUACGAGCCAGAAACUGGCUUGAUUUCCUUCAUGACUACCCAUUUGACUUGUCCCUUAGCAGUUGUAUAUGAGAACAAUCUUGAUAAGAGCUUUCAUAAAUGGGCUCUAUUUCCUGUACCACAUAUCGGGAAGGAUAUUUGCGUUUUUCAAGCAACUCCAAAAAUACUCGAGGGCUCAUCCUCUUUGGAUGACAUUGCAAUAUUAGUCCACAAAGAUAAAUGCAGAUUAAUCUCUCCCUCCAAACCAGAGUUAGAAAAACUCGCCGUCACAUGGUCCAAUCCUGCUAAAUUGUUGUCUGAUUUGGCCAAAGCAGGAAUUAACUUGAUAUUUAGAUAUGAAGAAGAUCCAUCAAGCACCAGUAGUACUAUCAAAAGUAUGGAAAUGGAGAAAAAUGCAUACGACGGAAUAUCUCUCGUGUGCUUGAUAACUUCAGUGGCCAACUCGGUAUGGAAUUAUCAUCCGUCUGUAAAACGAGAAAUUGGAGUCAUGAAAGUUCACAAGUCUUUGAUAGAUCAAUCAACCCUAAAGCCGUGUGAGGAUAUUGACGAGCUAGAUUUAGUAGAAAUAAGGUAUGAAAAUAAGUUCAAUGCCGACUUGGACGCAAAUUGGGACCUCCUCAAAUACCAAAAAGAAAAGUGUGGAUUUAUUUCUAACGAACAACCUGUAUCGACUGAAGAAGAAAAUAGCAUUGUCGAUCUUGCCACUGUUUCGGGACUCUCCACACAUCACAACUUGUUUUUGGCAUUAGAGGAAAGAAACCAAGGCACUCAAUUACGGCAGUUGCUUGAAGAGAGCAACGUUCUCACGAUCAACAGCGUAAAAACCAUUCUGAAUUUGUCACGCCCACUUGUAUAA